AUGGUAUCUUGUCCGAUCUGCGAGAAAAUCGUCCCGCAAUUGAAGAUCAACGACCAUAUCGACUCCGGGUGUCAAAGCUUCAUUGAAGAGCCGUCCUCUUCCCCCGCGGAGCUAUCAUCCUCCCAUAAAGGGCCCGUGGCAAGCAUAUUCCAACCUCCGUCUGCUCGCAAAGCCUCCGCCCAGUCCAGUCUCUCUAAAGAAUCCCCAUCACGUCCAAGCGCUGUGACUCCACGUCCCGUCAAUGGCAAGAGAUCACUGGGCCAGGAAACACCGUAUCGGGAACAGCAACAUGGAGUAAAUCCGCCGAAUGGGGAGGCGGCGGAACCACAGGCAAAGCGUCCCAAAGUGAAUGCGUUUCAUAAAGCCGCCCCGCUCGCAGAACGCAUGCGACCCAAGAAUCUCGAAGAAGUCUGUGGCCAGGAGCUCGUCGGUCCCAACGGAGUCCUCCGCGGACUUAUCGAGCAAGACAGGGUACCGAGUAUGAUACUAUGGGGAAGUGCGGGAACAGGCAAGACUACCAUUGCCCGAGUGAUUGCAUCUAUGGUUGGAAGCCGGUUCGUGGAGAUCAACAGCACCAGCUCGGGGGUUGCAGAGUGCAAGAAGAUCUUCGGCGAAGCUCGCAGUGAGCUUGGUCUCACGGGGAGGAAGACAAUUAUAUUCUGUGAUGAGAUUCAUCGGUUCUCCAAAACUCAACAGGAUGUCUUCUUGGGGCCCGUGGAAAGUGGCCAAGUCACUCUUAUUGGCGCCACCACUGAAAACCCGUCUUUCAAGGUCCAGAAUGCCCUUCUGUCUCGGUGCAGGACGUUCACGUUGGCCAAGCUCACGGAUGAAGACAUUGUAUCGAUUCUUCAGCGAGCUUUGAAAGUGGAAGGCCCAAGCUACAGCCCCUCAGAGUUGGUGGACGACGAACUCAUCCAAUAUCUCGCCAGAUUCGCUGACGGUGAUGCUCGAACCUCGCUCAAUUUGUUGGAACUUGCCAUGGAGUUGUCAAAAAGGCAGGGGAUGACAAAAGAGGACUUGAAACGGGGCUUGACCAAAACCCUGGUCUAUGAUCGUGCUGGUGAUCAGCAUUAUGACACGAUAUCGGCCUUCCACAAGUCCCUCCGAGGUAGUGAUCCUGAUGCCGCGCUGUACUAUCUGGCUCGCAUGAUACAGUCUGGUGAAGAUCCUCUUUAUAUUGCCCGGCGGUUGAUUGUCGUUGCUUCUGAGGAUAUCGGUCUGGCAGACAACAGCAUGCUUACCCUCGCCAUUUCCACUCAUUCUGCCGUCGAGAAGAUCGGACUUCCCGAGGCACGGAUCAAUUUGGCCCAUGCUACUGUCGCCAUGGCCUUGUCGAAGAAGAGCACGAGGGCGUACCGUGGUCUGAAUAAUGUCUUUGCAGCAUUGGAUGAGCCGGGCGUUGCAGGGUUGCCCAUUCCUAUUCACCUCCGGAAUGCCCCGACCAAGUUGAUGAAGGAGCUCGGCUAUGGGAAAGAGUACAAGUACAAUCCCAACUAUCUUGGCGGCCAGGUUCAGCAAGAGUAUCUUCCCGAGCCGCUUCUUGGUCGUGAAUUUCUGGAGGAGCUGGACCUGGGCUCGCUGAGAGAUCCUGAUCUGAGUAGUACGCGGCGCUGA